UUCCGCACCAACACCGCCAGUUCCUUCUCGCCGUGACUCAUGCCUGUUGUGCCAGGCAGGGCGCACUCUGCACUGCAGCCCCACAGGUGGUAUCGACUAGGGGAGACUGUUCCCGCCAGGCUAGGCAGUGGAGCGCCGCACAGCGCGCCUUCCCGCCUCUCAACUGCUGCCCCAGCAGUUCCGACCCAGCGCCAGCAGGCCUGCUCGGUCGAUCUUCGAGCCGAAGAUGCGGCGGGGCUGGAAGAUGGCUCUGUCUGGGGGGCUACGGUGCUGCCGCCGUGUACUUUCCUGGGUGCCUGUGCUUGUUAUCGUCCUCGUCGUGCUCUGGUCCUACUAUGCCUACGUCUUUGAACUCUGCUUGGUGACUGUUUUGAGCCCAGCAGAAAAAGUUACCUACCUCAUAUUCUACCAUGCCAUCUUUGUGUUCUUUACCUGGACCUACUGGAAGUCUAUUUUUACACUCCCACAACAGCCAAACCAGAAGUUCCACCUGUCCUAUACCGACAAGGAGCGCUAUGAAAAUGAAGAGAGACCUGAGGUCCAGAAGCAGAUGCUUUCUGAUAUGGCCAAGAAGCUACCAGUUUACACAAGAACUGGGAGUGGAGCCGUAAGGUUCUGUGACCGGUGCCAUUUGAUCAAGCCAGAUCGCUGCCACCACUGCUCUGUCUGUGCCAUGUGUGUAUUAAAAAUGGAUCAUCAUUGCCCUUGGGUUAAUAACUGCAUUGGAUUUUCCAACUAUAAAUUCUUCCUUCAGUUCUUAGCUUAUUCUGUUCUCUAUUGCCUGUACAUUGCUACAACGGUCUUCAGCUAUUUCAUCAAAUACUGGAGAGGGGAAUUGCCCAGUGUUCGCUCUAAGUUCCAUGUCCUUUUUCUCCUCUUUGUGGCCUGCAUGUUUUUUGUCAGCCUUGUGAUUCUCUUUGGUUACCAUUGUUGGCUUGUCAGCAGAAACAAAACCACCUUAGAGGCCUUCUGUACUCCAGUGUUUACAAGUGGCCCAGAGAAAAAUGGGUUCAACCUUGGCUUCAUCAAAAAUAUCCAGCAGGUGUUUGGAGAUAACAAGAAGUUCUGGUUAAUACCUAUUGGGUCCAGCCCUGGUGAUGGACACUCUUUCCCUAUGAGGUGUAUGAAUGAGUCGCAGAACCCAUUGCUAGCAAAUGAAGAGCCCUGGGAAGAAAAUGAGGAUGACAACCGAGAUUAUCCAGAAGGAUCAUCAUCUCUUGCUGUGGAAACGGAAACGUAGCAGUUUUCACAUUUCCUGCAUCUCUCAAACAGGACCCUCUAUCUCCAAUGAAGCUUACAGAGUUCAGUGUUGGGAACCAUUCUAAUCUUCAAAAUAAGUCACCAUGGCAGAUUGGAAGCUUCACAAUUUGAAAGCAUCCCAUCAAAUUCUUGCUGUGCAGAUAGAUGUUUCAGGACUUUACAGGUUAUUUAAUUUACUAGCUGAACUCAUCAAUCUGGUAGCAAUUAAUUCAAGCCAGUCUUCCUCUGCUUCUUUCUUCAUUUCCCCUCUCCCCAUCUGUGAAAGCCUAAAUGUAACAUAUUUAUCUUUCCAGAGGCUCUUUUCAUUACUCUUGUCAGGUAAAGGGGAACUCAAAAGACUUCCUUGGAGUCUUUAACUUCCCUAGAAAGACUGUUAAUCAUAUCUAUAGAGUCUUUGUUUUAUUGAGGGGAAUCAGACUAGCUUGCUGCUUGUACACAUGUGCAUUUAUAAGCAUGCAUAUGUGCAGCAUAUUUACACAAAAUUCUUCUGUGGUGUUGUGAAAAAUUAGGCUUAAAAAAUCUGAAGUUUUUAUUCAAUCAUAUUUUUUUAAAUAGCAAUUUAAAUAUUUGCUGAGCUGUGAACACCUUCCCUAUAUCAGGUACCUAAAAUUCAAGAGGGAGAUUCAACACUGUGAUCAAGGUCCUCAAAUUGGGAAUUGAACAACUAUGUAAAACCUGUUCUCUGUCAUAGAUGUGUGAUAUUCCUGAAAACACCACAGCUAAGAGAGAAGAUCAGAUCAGAUUUCCAUUUUAUUUAACAUAAUGAUCGGUGUUUUAAAGACUUUUAAUGCCACACUGUGGUAAAAUUCUCCAAUAACGUUUAUUCUUUUCUCUGCUACCUAGCUUUAUUUUAGCCUUUAUGAAUUACUCUUAUGAUGAAAGAAAAACUAUAAGCCUAAGUUAUUGACCAUUGGCUUUGUUAAGGGGUUUAAGGAUGAUGUUCAGGUUUAAUUACAAUACUGUUAAUAAGGGUGAAGUUUCACAGUUGAAAUUAGCCUAAGGAUUAGCACUAAAGGUAUUUUUUUUCACAACAGGGAUUAAUGUACAGAUAGUGAAAAACCUAACAGUAAUAUGCCAACUCUUUCUCUUUUUUCUUUUCUUUGCUUUUUUUUUAGUUCCAGUAGUAGUGCAGCCAUUAAGGUAGUUUACAUCCAUUUCCCAAUUUAUUUAUAAUAAGCCUUUAUUUUAGUCCUAGUGCCUGAAUCAAUGAGUAUGGACAUUAAUGCUGCUUCUCUAUAAUAAUAAUACCUAAGAGUAUUGAUGGUUUUCAUUUCUCAGUCAGUGUCAUAGUGCCCAGCUGCUAACAAUAGAAGUCCCAACUCUUACAGAGAUCAGUGAGUUAGAGGCAUCGUACUGAUAUCAAGUUAUUGAGCUCCUAGAGGGAUGUUAGUUUUGCUAAAUUAUUCCCCCUAAAACCUUUUUGAGUAAAAAAGAAUUGCCUGCCACAAACAAUUCAGUGUUCAGAUUUCAGUAGAGCUGUGAAUGUGAGCAAUUCAGCUACUUAAAGCAACAAAAGACAUGUUCAUUUGAAUCCUCUAGGUAAUUUUGGUCACGGUAAGACUUUCAGCAUAAAUUAAAUGGAUUGUGAUUGUGGCCAGCAUUUCAUUUGAGAGGAUACUAGACACGACUAAAUCUAUUAGGGCCAGGGACUGUUUCUCAAACUCAGAUGCCAAGAACCAGCCUAGAGGAUUAUGCACACUGGGUUUCAUGAAGAAAUCGUGUAUGUUCAGAUGGGAAGAUUUUUUUUCCCCUUCCUCUUUCCCUUUAAAACACUCUCUUGUUUGGGUUUAUCUUGAAAGCUUAUUUGAUCAUCCACAUGGUCUUAUGUUUGACAAGCCUUGCCUUAUAUUCAUAUAGAAAUGCACCUUUCCUAAAGGUAGGGCUGUUGCUUACUCCACAGCCAGUAGGCCUCAAAGCAAUCUUUCCCAUCCAUCAUCUUCUGCCAAGAGUUUAGGCAGAAUAGCCGCUAACUAUGAUUCAAAGUCAUGAAGGAAUCAAGAACUUAUUUAAUGAAUAGAGUGUAUCAGCACUCAGCACUCAUAGAAAUCAGGUCAUAAAAGACAGUGUCAGGGAACCACAUAAAAGCACUGGAAGGGUAAAGCUCAGGAAAGCUAUAAUGCAAAGUUGAUUGUUUAAUGUCUUACAGACUUACACUGUCUUCAAAAGGCCAAAUAAAUCAGGGUUUUACCUGGGGGCUUAGGGAAAUAAAGAAACCCUAUUCCUAUCUCUGAACCUUUAUUCCAAUAGCUUAUAGAUUCUGAUAUUAUCCCCGUUAUAGGUCAUUGAGUAUUGACUUCUGUACCUAGACACCACCACCACCCCAAUUGGUUGACUAUUAGGAAGACAGACAGGUUUGUUUGAUAAUUAGCAUACCCUGAUCUGGCUCCUUUGCUUGCUUUUCCUUGGGGCCAUGUCCAAUAACCUCCGUGGGAUCUCAUUCCCCAAUCUUUGGUACCCAUCUUCCCCAUCUGCAAAACAAAGACACUCAUUGUUGGGAUCAUACAGGUGAAAGGUGCUAUGUAACUCCCCAGUGCUCUUAUAUAUCCUUCAUUGCAGGAAUGGAAUGCAAAGUUUAACCAGAACAGUAUUUCUAAACAAAUCAGUGUGCUCCAUUCUUUCUUCCACGCUCUCAUUGAUGAUUUGUUCUUGCAGAACUUACAGUACCUUAUUAAUGAUAUUCCAUUCAUUCCAACAAUGUCCUUGGAAAGAGGCGGAAUAGAAGUGAUUUUCCCCAUGGUACAACCUUAAAAAUUAAGGACAAAAGAAAUGAAGCACCCUCCAAAAGCACAUAGCUCUCUGGGACAGAACUCACAGUUGCCAUGUCCAGUGCACCGUUAGAGUGACUUGGCUUCCCAGUACUGGGAUAACCAUGGAGCAGCUUAGAACACUGAGAGCAAUUGGGGCAGGACCACAUUUCAGAAGAGUCUCACUUUGUCCAAAAUCUGAAAGUAUGCAAUUUAUACAAUUCUUAUUUUUUAUGUGAUAGAAAUGUAAUAUGUGCCUCUUUCCCCUUCUGGCCCCAUGUGACACAUAUAUUUCACACUGUGUGGCAUCAGCCAGUGCCAUUAUGUCCUCUGGCACCCAUAGAGCCCACUCUCAGGAUUGUCUUUGCCAGAGAAAAGAAUGUGCUUCCUCAUGUUUAUGCCAAGUUGCACAAAGUGUAGACAUUGAGAUUAAUGAAUAUUUAAGCACAAUCCUAGCAGUAUAAGAAUAUUGAAUAUACAUUAUUGUAAUGUGCAUCUGAAAUUUAAUGUGGCCCAAAUUCAUAGGAAUGUAACAGUCAUGCAAAGCCUAUCCCUUUCACCUAUCAUCACACAUAUAUAUCUAUACAUGUGUGCACACACACAGUGCCCCCAAAGCAGGCUGCCUGGUCAUCAGGAGCAAAUACUUUAAAGGAAUGAGUCUCUGUCCUCUUAGAAAAAAGUCCAACAGUCACUGCAAGUGAAUAUUCCAUUCAUACAUUCUAAAACUUCUGCUCCUAGAGUAGCUAAGGUACUCAGUUGAUGCCAAAGACAUGUUCUGUGCCUCUAUCAGAGUCACAGAAGGCAUGUGACAAGAUUGUUAGACCUUUCCACAAGUCUCAUGUUCUUUGAAAAUUCAUGAGUUCCAUCCAAUCAGUAGUAAAUAGUUUAUGAGGUAUGGUACAUCUGCAUUUCUUUAACCAGAGCUAUAAUGUACCAUAUUAAAUAGUAGUCUUUUGCAUGCAGGUAUUAUGUAAUGUAAUAAUGAAUGGAUGGCACCUAAUAGCAUGCAACCCAUGACCGUUUACUUCCCCAAAAGGGCUAGGGCUGUGUCCCACACAGUGUUCAAAACUAUUAAAUGUAUUCUUUGUAGCAGCCUCGUAUAUGGCCAUCAGCAGAUUGAGUUAGACAUGAAUGUAAUAUAUCAGGAAAUAGAUUCUUAGUAGGGAAUGGUGUUAAAGGGGAAAAAAAACAGUAAGAUAAGAUGCAUUUAAGGAAUAAUGGCUGUCAUCCUGCUGGCUAAAUCAGCAAAGGGAUGCAGCAGGAAAGCUUGUACUGGGUCGUGGUAAUAUAUGAAAUGCAUUGGAGAGCCAGAAAAAGAAAAGCACUGGAGACCUCAGCAGUUAAGCUCAAGUUGCCAAUUUGCUACAAAUCCUUUUUUCCACCAAUCUGCUCAAAGUAAUUGUAUAUAAUAUUCUUAAAACCAUGUGUCUUGCUACAAAAAUACCCACAAAUACUGACCAGCUUUAUCUUCCUAAGUUCUUUAUUAAAAGCAUAUGCAUAAAAUUGUCAUUUCUUUUCUAUAUUAUGGAGUUGUUAAACAAUGUUGGCAAAGGCUAAAAUUUCAGACCACCUUGAUGGAAGUUUCUAUACUUCUCAUUUCAUGGGUAUAAUAGUGGAGUUUAUUCACUCCCAGGUUGAUUUGUAUGUGGUAUGUAGACUCUUCUGUAACAUCUCAUCUUCCAAACACCCCCUAUUCCUGUGCUCAGUGUUUCUUAUGUUUCUACAUGGAUAUUAGUUGGGAAAUUAGCAGCAAUGGCUUUCUGGUAGAAUGCUGACUAGUUUAAUGUCACUUAAGUUCAGUCUGCUCAGCCUCACACAUCUUUUGCCUUUCCCUCUGUUAUUGUGAUAAGUAAAAAGAAAGAGAAAACGUAUAUGUCUAAGGGUGAUAUGAACUCUGGUUUCCUUUUUCUUACAGUGAAGACUAUGUUUAUUAUUCUCCAGAUGCAUGUUACCUGAAAAAAAAUACAAUGAUGCUGAGAAAAGAUUACAGUGGUCCACUUGCUCCUAAGUUAUAUCUUACCCUCAGGGAAACAUUUGGAGACACCCUUAUUCAGUAAGCCUCAGAUAAGCUUCCCCUCAAUAGAUGCUUCAUUUGCACAAAAAAAAAUCAUUUUAAGACAGAAUUAGCCAACAAGAAGGCAGAAGUCAUUGAAAAUGCAGAGCACUGAAAGCUGAAGUUUGAAACAAAAUUGUUGACCAUGACUAAAUAAUAAUGGAGAAUCACUUUGGAAAGGCCCAACCUGUAGAGGUCACACUUAACACAAACCAGAAAGAAGUCUUUUAUUCCAGUUAAGCUUAUUUUAAAAGUACUUACUUAGACUAGGUAGACCUCAGAACAUCUCAGUUGAAAAAUCCCAUUUCAUUUAUUCCAAUGCAUCAGCUACAAACAGCUUUAAUUUGCAUAACAAACACAAUGUAAAAAAUUCAAAUACCAGAAACAAAGGUAGCUGAUGAUUCUAGAUUUUAAAAAUGCAUAAAAGAGGAGACCUUUAUACAGGAAUCUUAUUUGAGUAGAGGUUACUAAGGAAAUUCAAGACAUAGAUGUUUAAAAGGAAGCUUUAAUUUAUAGAUAUACGUAAAAUGGUUCAUACAGGAAUGUGUAAAGAUAUAGACAUGUAUUUUCUUGAUGUUAUAAACAACAAAAUGUACAAAUUAAUUUUCUCACCAAAUGUAGGGACAUUGAAAAAUUAGUUUCUUUUUGAAUGUUAAAAUACUCAUUCUCACACAGUAGCAUGUUUCAUUGUUUAGACUUUCACGGGGUGGAAAAUUUAUGAUAGUAAAAAGUACAUUUUAAGCAAACUUUUAUUAAAAGUAUUUGAAUAUGUUUAUGGUUUUAAAAGAAAUUUUCCUCAUAAACCUUAACUGAAGUAUUUAUAUCAACUUUGCAAAUUAGCACAAUAUUAGACCCAGAUCCUGACAAUGUUGGUGUUGACAAAAAAAAAAAGAAAAAACCCACAAUGUGAGAGCUGUGAGCUCAGUUUUAUUUGGGGCUAAGGACUAUAGCCCAUGAGACAGCCUCUCAGAUAGCUCUGAGGAACUACUCUGAAGAGGUUGGGGUUUGGGGGAGGUCAGUAUAUGUGUGAUUUUGGUGAAGGGGGUAUAUGCAAUUAAGCACACAUCUCAGUAGAAGGUUGCUGCUAGUCACGGGGAGCAGUUGUCUCCAUUAAUGAUUUUAGUGCUUUUCUAGGUAUGAGAAGAUGCAAGAAUUUGGGUUUAUAAAACUUCCUACUGAAAAUAUCUAUCUGAAGGCCUGUUCUGCCAGCUUCUCCCAGAGUGCCUCAUUCCUGAUCUCCACCUUGAACUCAUUUCAGGGUGUGUUAAAGGUCAGUGACUACACUGUCCAGUGACUAGAGCCAGAUGGCAAGCAACAUUCUUUAGUUGGCAUUGGCAAACUCUAAAAUAAAUAUGGCAGUAGUAUAUAAGAAUUUCAAGACAAAUAAAAUGCAAUUCAUUGUACAAGGAAAGCAAAAGUUUUGCUAUUGGAACAUUAAAGAUUGUGGGAUACCAAUUAGUCAGAAAUUGUUAUUAAGUUAUAUUUACCAAUCCACUGUCAUACCAAACAUAAAUUACCCUGGACAAUUAGAAGGCACUUAUUAGAGUAAUGUAGUUCAGAGGGAACGAGUACAGAUGCAAAUCUGAAGUGGCUUCUGAAUCAUAAGCGUGUGUGUGGCAGGGCUACUGGGUACUGAGGGUUGAGGUUUCUGUGAGUUGUAAAAAAUUA